AUGAUAUUCAAUAGAAUUCAAGCACGAUAUGCCUCUGUGUUGGUAUCAUUGCCGCCAUCUCCACACUCAUCCAGCCAUUGUCUUCAUCAGACACAACAGCACAUCAUCACUCCUGCUUCUCUGCCAAUCACUGCUACAUCAAACAAUGCAUUCAAUCCAAACUAUAUCCCAAAAAACACAAAGGAGCGACUCACACUAGGGGAAUUAUACAAGGUGUUAGAUAAUUCUAAAUCAAUGUAUAGAAUGAUACAGAAUGAGUAUCUCAAAGGUGAUGAUGUAUUGCAUCUGGAGGAGGCGGAUCAAGAAUUGAGCUUGGAUGAACUGCUGGAAGAACAAUACAGACUGAUACAAUUAUUAAAGAAGAAAUGA